AUGGUGAGAUCUUUCAAGCAACUCCGCCUGACAGCGAGUGAUUGUGAAGCUCUUCAGCAGAGCCCAGAAGGCACAGCCGCCCUGACGCAGCCCCUCACCAAGAGUCCGGGCAGCCGAGGUCCCUGUCACCAAAGCGCCAUCACGGAUUACUUCAGGAGUCGAUCCCGCAUCAUAAAAUGCUCCGAUAACAUGGCAGAAAGCCACCCCGUCAAAGCUGAGGAAGCUCUGGAGAACUUGACUCUUGAUCUGGCGUCCGACUCCGAUGACUCCUGCAGUCUUCUUGGAGGUGAUGGGGACACGUUGGUGGCCCCCAAGAAACGAUUACGUGUCUCCCAGGGACCUAGCCACUCCUGCGGAAGCGCUGGCCGAGAGGUCCAAGAACACAAGCCGUGGUUGGGGAGGCCUCCUGAGCAGAGCUCGGGUGGUGGGACUGUCAAGCGGGAAGUUCAAGAGGUCGAGGUGGACCCUCUUCCCGAUGCCCACUUUGGGCUCUUGGGAACUCAGUCUGGGAAUGAUGUACCUCAGGGAACCUUGGAAGAACUGCCAGAUGAAGUCCUUCAAGAGAUCUUUGCCCUGGUGCCCAUAGUUGAUCUUCUCCAGAACCUCUGUCUGGUGUGUCAACGUUGGAAACGUAUCAUCUCUGACAUGAAGUUCAUUCCUUGGAAGAAACUCUACUAUCAGUAUGUGAAAGCCGUCGACCCAGCCUUGCUGACUGUUCGAAUCGUUCUGCAACGGUACAGCUUAACCCAGAAGCACCCCCAGUGCAUGCUGGGAUUUAUCCGGUGUGUGGCUGCUGUUCGGAGCUGCCGCUGCCGAGAUCCUACCGCUAUCCUCGCGUGUCUGGAACGCCACUCGCUCUUUCCCAAGGCACAAAUCUGCAUCGCCAAGAAUCUUCCGGAUUUGGAGAGUUGCAAAGAGAAAGCGGCCUACGUUCGGGCAGUGAUGGCGGCCCUUGUGCUCUUCGCUGGAGGUGUUGGCGAUAUUCGGGAGCUGGUGGGCUGCCUCCAAAGGCCCCCCUCUCCCAUGUCGCUGAUGGACAUCAAUGAAAUGUUGUACUGCAUGGCCACCCUCCUUUACGCCAUGCGAGAGAAUGGGGUCCAGAUCAGCAACAG